AGCGCCAUGGCGCCGCCGCCCCGCGCCGCCUGCCGGGAGAGGAAGGCCCAGAGGAGAAGGGAAGGGGCGGAGGGGAGGCGGGCAGGGCGCUUCCCGGCGGCCCCCUCGCGGCUCCGCUUCCUCCCGGCCCGCCCAGCGCCGCCCGGAGCCGGCUGUGCCGCCAUGGCGCCGUCGCAGCGCGCCGCGCUCUGCCUCUUCGACGUGGACGGCACCCUCACGGCGCCGCGGCAGAAAAUCACGGCUGAGAUGGCCGAGUUCCUGCAGAGGCUGCGCCAGAAGGUGAAAGUUGGGGUCGUCGGAGGCUCGGAUUUCGAGAAGAUCAAGGAGCAGCUUGGCGAUGAUGUGGUUGAAAAAUUUGACUACGUGUUUCCAGAAAAUGGUCUUGUAGCAUACAAAGAUGGGAAAUUCUUCAGCAAGCAGAACAUUCAGGGUCACCUGGGUGAGGACAUACUUCAAGAUCUAAUCAACUACUGCCUGAGUUAUAUUGCAAAGAUUAAACUGCCAAAGAAAAGGGGCACUUUUAUUGAAUUCCGUAACGGGAUGUUGAACGUGUCCCCCAUUGGAAGAAGCUGCAGCCAGGAGGAACGAAUUGAGUUCUAUGAACUUGAUAAGAAGGAACAUAUAAGAGAGAAAUUUGUAGCUGAUUUACGAAGAGAAUUUGCAGGAAAAGGCCUCACAUUUUCUAUAGGAGGCCAGAUAAGCUUCGAUGUGUUCCCAGAUGGCUGGGAUAAGAGGUACUGCUUAGGAAUCAUCGCCAAAGACGGAUAUGAGACAAUUUAUUUCUUUGGAGAUAAGACUAUGCCAGGAGGGAACGACUAUGAAAUUUUCACAGACUCCAGAACACAAGGCCACAGUGUCACAUCCCCACAGGAUACAAGAAGAAUCUGUGAAGAGCUAUUUUUUAAGUAAAAGACUUUCUUUUAGACGUCAUACUUACAAAACGGUUAAGACAGCUUAAUAACCCAAAACAUCUUCAUUUUAUAUUAUGUUUUUCGCAACCAGUCAUAAAUAACAAGUGCUUUGCAGGUCCAAAGGGAAGUAUUUUAACUGAAGAGAACCUUUCCAACCACUUAAGAGUACAGUACAGCUCAUCUAGGACCAUCCUUUCAUGGUUUCCAUUGGCAAAAAUACUUUUUGGUUAGUUGUGAUUUUAUUCUUUUUAUUUGUUUUGGUUUUGUUUCAGUUAGGCCAAAAGGGUUUAUUGUGUCUCGUGUUUUCCUGUGAAGUGUUACUUUGGGAACAGUAACUAAUUUCACUUUAAAAAACUAGGUAUUUCUGGUCAGAGUAACCUGCACCUACUCUAGCAUCAGCACAGUCUCCACAGGCAUAGACUAACUACUAGCUUGGACUGAAAGCAAGGACACUGUAUGCUUAGGAAUAGCAGAAAUUGAUUCUUUGCUUCUUUUGUGCUUAAUGUUACAAGAGUCUAAGACAUGAAAAGGUGCUAAACUUUUAUGUUAAUGCAUUGUCUGAGAUACUUUUGACAGUAUAAAAUGCUUUAUAAAUCUGUGCAGGGAAAAAGGAAGAACUGUGGCUUUCUAUUUUUAAUCACUUUGGUUUAAAAAGAACAAAAGGGAAAAAAACUAAAAAUCCUUAGCUAAUUAUAUUUUUACUCCGUCCCCUCUCCCAAAGUAAUCUGCCUGCUGUUGAUUUAUAGCCUAAAAUUGGCCCAUAAGGCAUUACACCUAGUUUUCUUUUGAAGCUGCUAUUUAAGGAAACAAACAUUUUGAUUUAUUUUUAAAUAUUUCCUUGUGCUAUGAAAACAUGAAUUAUAAGACACUUAGGAUUUUCUUGUUUAAAACUGGAAGAUGAGUAAAAGAUAGGUUUGGGGUUUUUUUCUGGGGUUGGAACGGCAGAACUGAGCCAGAAGUCCCUGACCUCAUACAUAUUCCGGUGCAUGAUCAGAAGGCGUGCUGAGUCUACUCCCACUGGAAGGGCUGGACCAGCCGGGGCUAGUUACCUCCUCAGGACAGUUUGCACAGCACAGUUAACGGUACCUAUACUUUUUGCAGAUGUUUUUAACUCUACAGUGAAGAAAAAAAAACACACAAUUAUCACUAAAGCAACUUGAGCGCAGUAGCAAAAUACAGUUUUCUCACUAAUUACAUUUCUGAUUUUCCUGGGAGACUUUAUGAGUAGAUGAGAUUUUUUAGUGCUACAAUAAAUGACAUGAGAUAUGUUUCAAUUAAAAUUCAAAUUGAAGUAUGACAAUCAGUGUAACUGUUAAUACUACUUUUCUCAUCUGGAAUUAGGAAAGUAAUCUCUUGUGUGAACAGUUUGAUUUAGAAAAGGAGAAUAAAAAUCUUUUUAUCAUGGAAAAAAAUUAACAAUUUGUCAUUUUGGCAAAUAAAAUAUUUUAAGCAGAUCUGUUGUAUGCUGCCUGUCUGUACAAUUAAAUGACUUAAUCGAAUCCUUCGCAUUUCAGGUUUGCAUGAUACUGAACAGUUAAAAGAAAUAUAUUUGUGUACAAAAUAAAAUCCCCACAGGGAUGAGGAAGGGGAUGCUGUGAUGCCCUCAUCAGAAAACAUCUAGCCUUCUAACACACUUUUCAUAUGCAUACUUCUCUAGGGUAAUUCAGCCUCAACCAUUUUAAUGGAAGCAGAUACUGGACCAGACCCCUUUGUAGUGCAAGAAGAGACUUUAAAGAGGCCCAUAAUCUAUUAGCUGCUGCUUUGUACGUACACAAAUGUGUUGCAGCUAAUUAUUGGGUCACGCCACAGUUGUUCCUUAUAGUAGCAAAAACCUGUGCAAAACACUGUGCAGGACCAAAACCAUAUUUGUUUUCUACCGCAAUUAUGAUCAUCUGCGUGCACAUGCCUGCAUAUGUUCAAAUCAUAGAAGUUACCUUGCUAGUCCUGUGCAGCCAUUGCCAAUAGGUAAGGUUACCGUCAGCCUCUUGUACUGCCAGCUGAGAGGCAAGCAGUCUAUCACUCAGGAGAGGGAAAAAAAACCAAAACAACACAUCCAUAGUCCCUUGCUUCUAGUGUGCUUUCUCUAGUGUGAGUUUAUAGAGCUAGGACAGGAACAAGCCCUCCUGCCUUUGGCAGCAGCUCCUUGGGUCUCAGCCGCUGAAGCCUUUCUAAAGCUUUGCUGCAGCAUUUUUGGCUGCCGACUGCUUUGUUUUGGGAGCACCUUCUGCAGUGUUCUGGCCUUGAUCACCCAGGGUUCAGUCAAUGCAGCCAGGCUAUCCUCUGUGUUCCCUCUAAUGUAUGCUAAUACAAAUAGCAGCUAAUAUUAAAUACUAUAUAACGAUAUAUUUGCAGAAAUAGUAGUAUAUAUUGUAGGAUAAUAGAUUACACAGCCAGAAAACUUCCUAACUUCCUCCCAACACUUCUGGUAACGCACCUGAUCAUACCAGUCUGCAUAUGCUGGCACCUGCAGUCUCCUCUGUCUUUAAUGCUAAUCAUCUUCAAUACAGAUUAUGCAGAGAGCAGACUGAAGACAUAUAUUAAAGCAUUAUAAUGGUCCCAUUUAUUGUAAAGAAAGCAACAUGUGAUAUUCCACAAGUUAGUGUUAAACCCACCAUUACUUAGUCAUAUCGUCAGAAAACAAAACAAAA